GCCAUUUUGGCCCGAAGGGGGUUGCCGAGAAGCUGUCCACGCCUCGCACGCCCGAGUUGGAAGCUGGCCAGGGCGAUGCCGAAGCAGAUCACAGAGAUCCGCCAGUUCCUGCAGAUUGCGCGCCGCAAGGACGCCAAGUCGGUCAAGAUCAAGAAGAACGGCGCCGCGACCAAGUUCAAGAUCCGCUGCGCCAGCUACCUCUACACCUUGAUCAUGGCGGACAAGAGCAAGGCGGAGAAGCUGAAGCAGUCGCUCCCGCCGUCCCUGCAGAAGAAGGACAUCUGAGCCCUCGGGGCCCGGCUGGCGGCGCGAGAGCCCGCGCCCGGGCGCCCGGCAGCGAGCGGGAGCCGUGGAAGAUGGCGACGCAGGCCGAAAAACAGGCCUCGGAACAAAUUAGCGAACAUUAG